AUGGCUCUUAAAGUUAUAGCUCUGGCUUCCUUGCUAGCAGUCGCAAGUGCAAAGCCAGGCCUUUCUCAGAGCUACCAGGCUCCAGGAUCUUCCUUCGGUGGCUCUGCAGGAGCCGCCAGUUUCCUCCGACCUGCCAUCAACUUUGGAGGGGCUGCUUCUGCUGGCACCUACAACCCACCUGUUGCUCAAGUAACUCGCCCUCAGUAUAACUUCAACUAUGCCGUCAACGAUGCCUUUGGUAACGAUUUCGGCCACCAAGAGGGGCGCGAUGGAUACAACACUCAAGGAUCCUACUACGUGCAGCUUCCCGACGGUCGUCUUCAGAGGGUCACUUACACUGUCAACGGCGACCAAGGAUACGUGGCUCAGGUGACGUACGAGGGAGUGGCUCAGUACCCUGCCUUCCAGCCGUCUGCCUCCUAUUCGCCUGCACCUUCUUAUGGUCACGUCGGUGACAAUAUGAUAUAA